AGUAAAUAGAACAUCUUUGUUUCCUUAUUUUAGGUACGUUGGGUUGUGGAAAGUGUCAAUGGGCGACUGAAGCAAUUCCGCCUCUUUGACAAAGUGUUGCCAAAUACACUUGUCCCUCAUGUUGGAGACCUUGUCAAGAUUGUGUGUGCCAUUUGCAACCGGUACAAAAAGCCCCUUGCCAGCAUGGAUCCAGAAACGCAGGCCGUUGCCGUGCAGAUGCUCGAGAGAGCAGGAAAGAUUAACAGCGUCCAGGUACUGAUAGAAGAGAAUAGCUUGUUGAACAAGAGGUCGAUUUAUAAACCGUUGGACGGAACUUCCUCUACAGACCUGGAUGACUUUCCUCACCUAUCAUUAGAUGACCUUAGGAAUAUAACCAUGGGUGUUUACCAGGUGAAACAGGCUCCAGCAUACACCAAGGAGCACACUGAUGAUGAUGGGGGAUAUGAACUGAUGGCAUGCCGUGACUUUCCCGAUUUGCUGAGAGUAAAGAUACAGUCCAGACACUCCAAAAACGCGAUCCACACCCUCUGGAUUCAGUACACUUCAGACACUGGGAAUAUUCGGGGCUGGUACUGUACGUGUAAAGUAGGCGCCAGAGUUGUUGGGUGUUGUGCACAUGUUGCCAGUGUCCUUUGGUUUCUUGGCUGGAAACGACAUUUGCCAGAGGAUCAAUUGGGAAAACCUGGACUAGCUUCAUCUUGUUUAAAUGCUUCGUCUUCGUCAGGAACAUUCUCUAGUAACGAUCCGUUGGAGGAGUGAAGAUUGCACUGUGAAUGACUAUGAUUUAUAUAUUUUCUGAACAUACAAUGAACUAUAUUUCUUCUUUAUGUUUCCUCAUUUUGUUUUUAUUAUUUGCCAAUGAACGAUUCACAAUCUGACACAAUUUAAUGCCUAAAUGUUUAUUUAUUAACAGUCUGUUGUCUUUCCUGACUUCAAGGUUUGUUUUAAUUCUUAUGCAAUACUCCAUUACAAAUGCAUUAUUUGCACAUCAUAUACAUGUAACUGGUUUCUUUUUCAAUGUACUGAUUUAAUCCAACAUAGUUCAUAAAAAUGAGUUGCAAACUCAAUUCUUUGCACUUUAUACUGAUUCCAUAAUUAAUUUUCACGCAAAAAUAUUAAUUUAGCUUGUGGUUGCUAGGGAUUUAAAACUGUUGCUAUGGAAGAAAUGCAUGUUUUUGUU